AUGGCGGCGGCGCGGGUGCUGCGGGGGGGCUGCUACUGCCAUCGCCUCCUCUCCUCAGCUAGCAGUGGCCGCCCCACGGUUGAGCGCGGGGAGCGGCAGAAGAGCUCGGGCCUAGGUUUCAGUCCGCCUGCACACUCCCGCAAUGACUGGAUCGGCCCCCCCGACAAGCACUCCAACCUGCGGCCGGUCAUCUUCUACGUGCCCCCCGAGGAGUCGGCCCUGGAGCGGCGGCUGCGGGAGGCGCGGCAGGAGGCCCAGGCCUGCGACCAGCGCUUCUGGGCACUGCACAACCGUGCCUUCAGCCAGGAAAAAGAAGAAUUUAUUUUUUCAAGACUGAAAGCCAAGGGUCUGGAAAUGAGAGAUGAAACAGGUGAAAAAGCAACAUUGAAUGCAGAAGAAAUGGCUGACUUCUACAAGGACUUUCUAAGGAAAAACUUUAGAAAGCAUAUGCAAUAUAACAGAGAUUGGUAUAGACGUAACUUUACUAUCACAUUCCUCAUGGGACAAGUAGCACUGAUGAAAGCUCUGAGGUGGCUUCGUUGGAAAAAGAAAAAUGUUGGAAGAUAAUCAUAGCUCCAUGAAGAAUGCAACAUUAACUAGGUCUGCUAUAUACUUACUGUUUAUGGUGGUGUUCAGAAUUUGUAUAACUAAUGUAAUAAUUACUUGAAUCUGUUUGUUAAAUUAUGUGAAUAAAAGUUGCCA